UUUCAGUCAUACGCGUACCGUGUGGCACACACUAUGAAUGUCGACAGCGCAUUCGAACUUUCGUUCGUUGCUCGGUCGGUCUUUUUGUGAAGCUGUACACGUAACUUUGGCACGGUCCACUUUAGAAAUGGGGAGGGGGUAAAAAGAAAAUAAGGAAAAUAUUUUGCCAAGAUUUUUGCAUGUUUUGCCUUAUUUUAAACACAAAAAAAAUGAAAAAUAAUGUGGAAAAGUAUGGGCAACAUAGAGAUACGAAUUAAUUUAAUAUUUAAGGGAUUUACAGAAUAGAAUCAAUUUAUUUCAUACAUUUGUUUUUGUAUGCACAUGGAUAAAGGUACCUCUUGAAAUAAUGUAUAUGAUGCUUACAGAUGAAGUGAAUUCUGGCUCCAAAACUAUCUCAAACAAAAACAGGAAAUUUUAGCGAUUCUAUUGGGACAAAAAGAAAUAUUAUUUUGGCAGUAAUACGUGCAUUGUUUAAUGUUGACCAAAUUUUAUUACAAAAUUUUCUUCAGAUACUGGAAUCAACAUUAUUGAAAUGACGCAAUGAUUUGGUGAACUUUUGGGGGAGGGUCAGCAUUGUAGAGUACUAAAAUAGCUGCAAACUAACACACACUCUGUGUUGAUUUCACUACAGGAAACAGACAUCCUCUGUUAGGGAGAACCACCCUGCAACUGGGGCUGCCCAUGUUCCACAACCAGGACCAUCUGCUAGGGAUGGUGACACCAACACUGGGGAUGAUACACACCAUCAGCCUAAUCCUUUUUCCCUGGGAGAUCCUGGUUCUGACUCCCCUGAUCAGUCUACCCCAUCAACGAGUGGAGUUAAAAAGACUAAGGGUAAACAGGCCAACUACUUCCACCCGGAACGGAAAAAAAAAAUCGACCUUGGCUGCACCAUGAACCCGGUGUUGGAAUGUUUUGUCUUUUAUGCCAAAAGUACAAGAAGAUGCCAUAUGGUCGACCAAAAUGGAACACUGCCCCCUGUAUUCGUAUGAGAGAGGGCUCUGUGAAAGAGCAUGAAGAGUGUGAAUCCCAUAAGGAUGCAAUGCAGAAGGAUAGGGAGAACAUGCUCAUGCAAGAUAUCAGGGAGGCCUCUAACCCUGCCGUCUCCCUUUCGGCUAUGGAAAAGGCAUUCGCAUCCUUGUACUUUCUGGUGCAGAGGCGGGUUGCACACAUCACUAACUUUGAACCUUUACUUGAUUUUCUAUCAUUCCUGGGACUAAAAGUGAAGGAGCAGAUUCGUGUUGCAAAAAAUGCCACAUAUACAUCAGAUAAAACGGUUCAAGAGAUGUUGUAUGUGCUAUCUGAGGUCUUGGAAGAUGACACUUUGAAAGAGCUCGCAACCUCAGAUCACUUUGCCCUGAUAUUCGAUGAGUCUAGCGAUUGUACAAAUAUUGAACAAUUGGCUCUCCAUGCACGAUACUUGAAUUCUGAUGGUGACCUUCAAGUGAAAUUUCUGAAGAUUGUUGAUGUUUUGCAGCCUGAAAUAGAUGCCAUAUCCAGAGCUGCCAGGAGUGGUGAUGGUUAUCCUAAUGAGGCAGGGAUAAUCUCUUUGAAUGCUGAGGUCAUCACAAAAAGGGUCAAGGAAUACAUUGAGAAAGCAGGUAUUGAUAUGCAAAGAAUGAGGGGGGUUGGAACAGAUGGAGCUGCUGUGAUGACUGGGAGGAAGAGUGGUGUAGUUAAGAGACUGAAAGAUGAUGUUCCCUGCCUAAUUGGUAUACACUGCACUGCCCAUCGUUUGAACCUUGCCUCUUCUCAAGCUGCAAAAUGUAUCAAAGAUGUUGACCAGUUUGAAAAUGUCCUUAGACAAUUGUUUGACUUUUUUGAUAAUAGCAAUGUAAGAACCGCAGGGUUUCUGGCUGUCCAAAACAUCCUGCUGCCUCAGAAAGAAGGUGAAGGGAAAACUGAUACCCCUGGUAAGCUUCUUGAGCCUUCUACAACCAGGUGGUUGUCAAUUGGGAACAGUGUAGAGAGGGUGAAGAAAGCUUUCCCUGAUCUGAUUGUAACCCUGCAGAGGGAAGGCACUGAGAGGACAGAUACAAGGGCUCUGGGGCUGAAUAGGUUAGUCACAACAUAUAAAUUCACUGCUACCAUGCUCCUGCUGUGUGAUGUCCUCCCACACAUCAAUGCUUUAUCCAAAGCUUUCCAAAAGAAAGAUUCAGAUUACACUUUAGUACAUGAACUUGUCACAUCCACCAUCACCACUCUGAAAUCUUUGAAGGAAACAGAUGGGGUUAAUCUGGCAAGGCUUCCUGAAUUCCUGGCCAUUGCAAAACUAGGCCCUCAAAAUCCAUCUGAUGAAACACAUUUCAGGAAUAAUGUCAGGGGGAGGUACAUUGAUGCUCUUACUGAAAACCUCCAAGAUCGAUUCAAUGGGGAGGAUGUACAGGGUAUGAGUUUGCUUCUCUCACUGUUCAAGCUUUCUGAGAUUCAUUUGACACCUACAAGCCAGUUGCCAGACUAUGGCAAAAGUACUGUCACUGCUGCACAUGGCUUCUUUGAAGCUUCUAAUGUCUUAGGAACUCUUGAUGAGUUGCAACAGGAGUGGAUGUCUCUCAAGAAUUACACCAAGCAGGUUUCUGAGAUGUCAGACACAGACCUCAUUCAGAGGCUGUGCACAAGGCAAGCAUUGCAGGCUGUGUAUCCUAACUUCAGUCAAAGAUCCUUAGGGUCAUUCCUACAAACACAGCUGAUCCAGAGAGAACAUUCUCACAAUUGAAGCUGGUUAAAACUAAGGUCAGAAACAGAAUGGUAGAACAGACAC